GCGGGAGUGGCCGGAGCGGCUGAGCGAGAGGCCAGGCGCGUCCCCGCGGCGGCGGGGGCAGAAGAGCAAGCCGGGGGGGGGGGCUGUCCGGACACGCGCGCUCCCGCCCCGCCCGCAACAUGGCCGAAGUGGGCAUCGACCGCUCCAAGCUGCCGGGCGUCAAGGAAGUGUGUCGAGAUUUUGCUGUGCGGGAGGAUCACACAUUGGCCCACAACCUGCAGGAACAGGAAAUUGAGCACCACUUGGCCACAAACAUCCAGCGUAACCGCCUGGUCAAACAUGACUUACAGAUGGCCAAACAGCUGCAGGAGGAAGAGGACCGGAAGGCCAGAGCCCGCCUGCAGGAGCAGCACAAGAACUUAGAACAGCAAGACUGCGAGAUCGCCCAGGAAAUCCAAGUCAAACUGGUCAUCGAAGCCGAAGAGCAACGACGCCAGGAAGAGGAUGAUGAGGACAUCGCGCGGAUUCUGCAGCAGAAGGAACUCCAGGAGGAGAAAAAGAGGAAGAAGCUGCCCCCGGAUCCCUUGCGCCUGGCCGCUCCUGAAGAAGCCCCCUGCCCCGAGAACAGAGGGACAAAACCCCGGGGGUCAAAAGAAGACGCCUACGCCAGACCCCGAGUGGGGGCUUCCCGGGACCCCGAAGCCUACGAUGCCGAGAUUGCCUGGAAGUUACAGGAGGAGGAACUGCUGGCCAGCCAGGUGGACAGGAGGGCCGCACAAGUUGCUCAGGACGAGGAAAUAGCUCGCCUUCUGAUGGCCGAGGAGAAGAAAGCUUACAAAAAGGCCAAGGAACGGGAGAAGAGGAGGCAGGAUCAAGACUUGAAGCAGGACCCCCCUGAGUCGGCGUGUGGACGGUCAAGGGAAGGAUAUGACCCUCACCGAGGCAGGAGCGAGAAGCCCACACGAGCUGCUCCCCCAUCGACCCAGGAGUUGGAGCCUCCGCCUGGCCUUCCGAGUCAGCCUCACGUGGCACAUCAGGGAUCAGCUCAUAAAGAUACUGACUUUCCAUGUAGCAGGCUUUAUUGCAUUUCUUCCAAGAGAUACCCUGACGUCCCUCCGUUCUCCAAGGAGACCAUCCUUUCCAGCAGGACAAUGUCCACAAACCGUGCCUCCUCCUCCUCCUCCUUCAGCCUGUUGUAGGGCGAUGUUCUCCUUGCCUCUGACCUCUCUCUCUCUCGGUCAGGCUGGCUAGUUAAGUCCAGCCUUUGGGCCAUUCUCACCCCACCGGCACCCCAAGAAUCUCUUUCGCGCUUCCAAGACCUGGCUUCGUUGACCGCAGUUUUCCAUCGGCCGAGCACAAGAGUAGGAUGUGGCCAGAUGGACCCCAGAGGAAGGCCAGGGAAGGGUGGAAUAGGUCAGCCAGGAAGGUGGCAGCCUUCAUUGUCAUGAGAUGUCCAGGAGGCUGGGAUCAGGCCAGAGGAGGGUUCUGUGGUCAGAAUGGGUCGGUGUUUCUUCUGGAGUGGACCAACCUCAAACUUCUGGAGAUGUUUCCCCAAGCGCAGGUCUUUCGCCUGGAAUUCUGAGCACUAUUUCUUGAGAAGACAACUUCCAGCAAUGAGAGAGAGAGAGACAUGUCCAUGUCCUUUUCUGGGAAGGAAAAAUGGGAUAUUUCCCCCCACCCCACCCCAGGAAACACCCAGUGUCAUUUUAGGAUGGAGCCAACAGUUUUGUACAUUUUUAGGUUAGCCCUUCCUUGUUUUCCAAACGUUUCCUGAAGGACAGGAACCAACAUGAGAUGAGUUGUUUUUAAAUUUUAAUUUCCAUCAACUCACAAACGCAUUCAUCAGAAACAUCAUUUGGGAUAAAUAAUGACGACUCAGGUCUGUUUUAUUUUAAAUUUUUUAAGCUUAGUUUUGAGCACAGAAUUUAGACCCCAUCCUUAAAAUGCUGCAAGUGAGGCCUUGAGGGCCCUCAACCAACUUCUCUCACCCUUUAAAGGCGAAACGCCGCCCCCCCCCCCAAGAUGCUUCAUCCGGUUCCCGAAUUUUUGUCGUUCAGUUUGAAUAACCUUUUACGGGUCUUGCAAAAUAACAGGGUGUCGUGAACUGGCCAAGCACGCUGGAUUCACACAGCACAUUUAAGCCACAAGGGAAGGAAGAAGGGAAGCAAGAUUUAAAAUAAUCCAGUUUAGGAAAUUGGGGUCAAUGCAGCUGUGGAUUUUUUUUUUCUACUGGCUUGGUUAAAAGUGAUGUGUGAAUGUAAGCCAUGUGGAUGAGUGUUACCACAUCAGUGUAUCUCAAUCUGAACAACUUGAAGAGGAAUAGACUUCAACUCCCAGAAUUCCUCAGCCAGCCUAGCUGGGAGUUGAAGUCCACUCCUCUUCAAGUUGUUCAAACUGAGAUACGCUGGCCUGAAUAGAUUUAGAAUAAAUCUUAAUCUUACAGAGUGGACAUCAAAUUCCAGUAUUUUUGAAAUACUACAGCAAAACGAAGCUUUUUUUUAAAGUAUACUUGAAGAACCACGAUUAUUGAAAUUUUCAUAAUUUGAAAUGUGUUUGUACGGGGGAAACCAAUGAAGCACAGAAGCUGUUUUUUGGAAAGAAUGAACCCUACUGGAAUAUCACAGCGCAGACUGAAAGUGCCUUCAACCCUUUUUUCUCCUUCGGGGAGCCCACCAGCUCUGUUGGACUGUGACUCACACAAUGUUGUGUUGUUUUGUGUUGUUGGGGGGGGGGUAGCCAGGUGAGGCUGAUGGCUUUCAAUGUAUGGUGCAUUUAUUGCCACUCUUCUCUUUGCUGCUGGAGAUAAAAAUAAUAAUUAAAAUCUCCAGGACAAAUUUGUCUGCAAGAGCCCCUCCCUGCCUUGCCUAGAUUUCGCUGCCCAACCUCCGCUCUUGAAAUAUUAUGUUAUUUUAUUUUUUCCGUAUUCAUUUCGAAGUCUUUUUGUCUUGUGUCAACGCUAUGCUGAAGACGUCCAAUGUAUUUCCUAAUUUUGGUUCGGUUUGAUGUUUCUGUCAUAUCCACUGGUUUCCUUUUUGUAUAUAGUUUUAUUUCGAUACGAUCCCUAUGAA